AUGAACUUCUUCUUUUCAGCGUUAUUGGCACUGCGGAAUGCCUCAUCAACGACACCAUCUACUGCAAUUACUACACAUUCUCCACCACGACGGCAAUUAACUAUUCAAAGUAAACCUCGGAUUGAGGAAAACCCAUUAGAGCUGCAAAAACCCGAAUUAAUUAUAUUCGACAAGGAUGGUACUCUCAUCUGCUUUCAUUCGAUGUGGAUCCCAUGGGCGAUGGAUACAGCAAAGCGGUUAGAAGAGGCAACUGGGUUAAGACUCUCGCGACAGAUCUACCAAUUACUCGGACUUUGUCCUGCUCAAGGGAAGGAUAAUGUUAUUGACAAGUGUAUCCAAGACAGUCAGUUAAGAAGCUCUGCAAGCUUACGAGCUAUCCUGGAUAUGCAGCUGUUGUUCAAUGCGUUAAAGGACAAUGAUGUUAAAACAGCAGUUUGCACAGCAGACAAUAGGACAAACACUGUAGCAAUGCUUCAAAGAUUUGGCAUUGAAAAACUUGUAGACAUCAUUGUUUGCGGUGAUGACCCUGGAUCUAAGCCGAAACCUCAUCCUCGCAACGCUGACUACAUAUGUCGAUCCUUGAGAGUGCCUCCAGAGAACGCUGUAAUGGUUGGAGAUACACUAGCUGACUUAGGUAUGGCUCGGGCUGCAGGUUUAGGGGCAGCAGUAGGUGUACUUUCAGGUGUUGGAUCUUUGGAUCAUUUGGAAUCACAUGCUGAUAUCCUGGUUCCCGAUGUUGGGAGUCUGUUGACGAUAUUUCUAGGAAUUGACAAAUUUUAG